AUGGUUGAACAUUGUGCACCUGCAGUUUCAUCGAAGAAGGCUCGGGUAGAACCUGUAAAUAAUGCGGCAUCGGAAAAUAGAAAAUUACGAAACCGUCUCUCGCAGAAGGCCUUUCGAGCUCGACAAUCAUUAUAUAUCAAAGAUCUCGAGAAAAAGCUUGAAUGGGCCUCAAAACCCGAAUCAGAUCAGAAUGCCAAGCUGGAAGAGACUAACAGUAUCCUGCGUGGUCAAUUACUCGAUUGCCAUAAGAAACUAGAGAGUUUUCAAGUGACAUUAAAAGCUCUCGCGGAUUCUGUGGCAUAUGCUUUGGGAAUCGAGAAAACCCCCCUGGACCUUGAACCUACAACUCACGCCAACGAUGAUAGUGAUGAUGCGGAACCCGAAGGACCACCUGCGCAAGAUGAAGGCAAGAAUAAACAAAAUAGACAAAGUGAAUGGACUCCUAAUAAUGAACCAUCAUUGAGCUCGAACUUCUACGAUUUCUCCGAUAUACCUGCCACGAGUGUCCCAUCACAAAAUGUACAAACUCUCCGUCUCUCCCCGAAACCGCGAGCACCCCAAUCAAACCUUCACGACAAAGGCAACGUCGAAAAUGGGACACUCGUCACUAGCAAUUUGCCACGAUUGGCUUCAAACGAUUUGCCGCAAUUUUCUGCACGUGAAAUUUAUAACCCAAUACAUUUGACCAUCUCCAGCUCAUAUGAACAAAUGAUGGGAACAGUUCAAUAUAAUAGUUAUCUGGGAAAUGAUUCUUUGAUUACUCAAGACCAACCUUUACAGAUCAACCAUACAAAUUCUGCCUUUUCAGAUCACAUUACCGUUCUCGAAAAUGUCUUGAGGCAGAAAUUGAGCAAAUCAACAGCACUGAUUCGAAGUAAUGAAAGCAUUUUGAAUUCAGCAUAUAUCAUGCUAUCUACUUUCAUUUGUGCAUCAUGGCCUGCUAUGACAACCUGGCAUUGUGCUACCAAAGCUCACGUACCUAUUACUAAGGUCAUCACGUACCAUGUCAAUCCAACCGCUGCUACAUAUGCUGACCUUGUCACAAAUGGAGCAUGGCUACCGACGAAAAUACAAAUGUCCAUUCCCCAUCCAGCAAUAAUAGAUUGGGUACCAUUCCCAUUGUUACGAGACAAACUUAUCCUUUGCCACUCAGCUAAUCCGUGUCUGGAUCAAAUUGUUUGUGAAAUUGGAAAUAGUUAUGUAGUGGAAGCCGACGUGUCUAAACUUGUUAUGGGAACUGGUGCUGCAACGGGUAACAUAGGCGUCUGGGAUUUGGUUCGAUCAAUGUCAGGAGGAACAAAAGAAUCAGCAUUCUCAAGCGAAGAGAAUACUUCAUGGGACGAGAUUUGUAGAGCUAGCUUUGAACUCAACAAGCAAAUGCGGGAGGGAAACGUCUUGCAUGGUAUCACUAUGGAACCGCUUGCAACGUUGCCAGCGCCGAGCGUUGCGGCUCUGUUCAACUCCAAGCAAUUGGCACUCUCAACUUUUGUAGCCCUGGGAAUGAAUCAAGGCGUGGCUCAGUACAAAUUAGACUCGGCGUUUUUUGAAAGGCAUCCAGAACUUUAUGAUGGCAGUGCAGGAAUAGUAGCAAAUGGUACACGAUUGCGACCAUCUGAUCACUUUCCAAUGCCAGCGCCGAGAUUAUUGAAUGAGGGAAUUUUGAAUUGCUAUAAGAACUUGGCUGCAUGGGCAUUGGAUACGGGAAUCUGA